AUGGCAUCCUUCAACAUGUCAUCUCUGGAUCCCAGCACAGUGACCCUGAUUGGCAUCCCUGGACUAGAACAUGUGCAGUUUUGGAUUGGGUUUCCCUUCUUUGCAGUGUGCCUGGUUGCUCUUCUGGGAAACAUCAUUUUACUGAUUAUCAUCCCUGCAGAAUACAACCUGCAUCAGCCCAUGUACAUCUUCCUGGCAGUGCUAGCUGCCACUGAUGUAGGGCUAUGCUUAGCCAUUGCUCCCAAGAUGUUGGCCAUUUUUUGGUUUGGUUCUCACUUCAUGGCCUUUGAUGCCUGCUUAGCCCAGCUCUUCUUCAUCCACACCUUGCAGUGCAUGGAAUCUGGCAUCUUGUUGGCCAUGGCCUUUGACCGCUAUGUUGCUAUCUGUGAUCCAUUGAGGCACACAUGUAUCCUUAGACCUUCUGUCCUGAUUUGGAUGGUGUUGUUAGUGGUCAUCCGGGCCACAGUGCUGGUUGGCCUGUUACCCACUCUAAUAAAAAGACUGCAUCUUUUCCAUUUCACUGUUAUUGCUCAUUCUUACUGUGAGCACAUGGCUGUGGUCAAGCUGGCUUCAGAAGACAUUCAAGUCAAUAAAACGUGUGGUCUCUUUGUUGGUUUUACAAUUCUUGGAUUUGAUUUGAUUUUUAUUAUCAUAUCCCAUGUCCUGAUUUUCCAAGCUGUUUUUCUUCUACACCAAAAGGAGGCAUGACUCAAAGCUUUUAGUACAUUCAUACCUCAUUUUUUUGUCUUUCUUGAGUUUUAUGUUCUUGCCUUCUUCUCAUUCUUCAACCACCGUUUUGGACAUGUUGUCCCUUCUACCCACAUUCUUCUGUCAACCAUCUACCUGCUUCUGCCACCUGCACUCAACCCUAUUAUUUAUGGUGUAAAAAAUAAAGUAAUCUGCAAUAGGGUGGCACAGAUUUUUCUUCUGAAUCGUAAGUCACAGUAA